UGUGGCUGUCUUCACAGCUGUUUUCUAGUUUUUUCCCGUUAAACUAAUCCGCAAGAGAUUUUACUCAGUGCUGUGUUUCGGCAAAGGAGAAAUUGCCUUUAAGGCAAUUUAACAAAGAUAGUUUUAAAAGUAGUUAGAAAGAGUAAAAAAUACACAGUAAGCGUUGAAAGGCGCGGUGAAUUACUUCAUGGGAAGAAAUAAAAGGACAGAGAGCAGAUUUAGCAGCAGAGAGCAUCAGCGCAGGAGUAUAAACAUGGAUGACGGACAGUAGCGAUGUCUGUGAGGAUCUAAGGCCGAUUCUGUUUUCCUUUGUGCACGGCGCAUGAUUUUUAAACUGCGUUUAUGUUGUUGACGUUGAGACGUGACGUGCCCUUGUUGGAUCAGUUUGGAGGGGGCGUUGUCAGAAUGGCUCCUGGAUCGCUCGCCACGAUGGCUCCUGCCGGGCCCAACAUUUCCUGGUUUCCAGAGGCUCCUCUGCUCACACCAGAGCAGCCCAUCUUCCUCAUGACCACCACAGCCCAGGCUGUGUCUGGCUUCUUUGUGUGGACGGCACUUCUGCUUACCUGCCACCAGAUCUACAUGCAUCUGCGUUACUACAGGUCUCCCAAGGAGCAGAGGCACAUAGUGCGCAUCCUUUUCAUCGUCCCCAUCUACGCUUUUGACUCCUGGCUCAGCCUUCUCUUCUUUACCAACGACCAGUACUAUGUUUACUUUGAUACACUCAGGGACUGCUAUGAGGCAUUUGUGAUCUAUAACUUCUUGAGCCUUUGUUAUGAAUAUCUUGGAGGUGAAAGUGCUAUCAUGGCUGAGAUCAGAGGAAAACCCAUUGAGUCGAGCUGUAUAUAUGGAACAUGUUGUCUCUGGGGCAAGACCUACUCUAUUGGCUUCCUGAGAUUCUGCAAACAGGCAACUUUACAAUUCUGUGUCAUCAAACCUCUGAUGGCCAUUAUUACAGUCAUCCUGCAGGCCUUUGGGAAAUACCGUGAUGGUGACUUUAACGUCGCCAGUGGUUACCUGUACGUGACUAUCAUCUACAACAUCUCUGUCAGCCUGUCCCUCUACGCCCUCUUCCUGUUUUACUUUGCCACCCGAGACCUCCUGAGUCCCUACAGGCCCAUGCUGAAGUUCUUCAUGGUCAAAUCGGUUAUCUUCCUCUCCUUCUGGCAAGGUAUGCUGCUGGCUAUUCUGGAGAAGUUUGGUGCCAUUCCUAAGAUCAGCUCUGCCGAGGUUUCUGUUGGUGAAGGAACAGUUGCGGCUGGCUACCAGAACUUCAUCAUCUGCAUUGAGAUGUUCUUUGCCGCCUUGGCACUGCGACAUGCGUUUACAUACAAAGUCUACAUGGACAAGAGACUGGAUUCUCUAGGCCCUGUUCCUACAUAUGGACAGUACGGUCACUGUGCCCCCAUGAAGAGCAUCUCCAGCAGCUUGAAGGAGACCAUGAACCCCGGAGACAUGGUUCAGGAUGCCAUCCACAAUUUCUCCCCAGCUUACCAACAGUACACCCAGCAGUCGACCCUGGAGCAGGGAGUGACUGCCCCGCCGAUCUCCCGUAAUCAUAGCUCCAUAAGCUCUCGGGACAAUGAGAAAACCCUCCUGCUCAGCUCCGAUGAUGAGUUUUAAUCCACUCACCCUUUGCGAGUUACCUAGUAAGGGACUGUUUAUUGUUGCGGAAGUGUAAUGGUGAUGUUAACAUAGGGGCAAGUUAUUAAAGGACCAUCUUAAGCAAGUAGUUCAUAGUGCAGUAGAAUACAGAAUUUAAGCUUCUCAUACUUGCUUGCUCGCAGACUUUCUGCGCUUUUGUUUAAUGUCCUUGAAACAAAGAGUUAAAUAACACGUUCAGCUAUACAUGGAAUUCAUAGGCAAAUUUUGAAUGUGCUCUUCAGCGUUUGAAUCGAUGUUUUUUUUAUACUUGUAGUUUUACGUAAGGGGUGUUUUAACAUCCCAACAUAUUUAUAAAGAGAGGCAGAAAUUUGAUACAGUCACUUUUAUUCUGGUUUAAGUGCACCUUCACGUCUAUGUUUCAACAGUGUUUUAUAGAGAGGGUGGGGCUGAAAUGAGAGAGUGCCGUGAGGGUGGAGUGACUGUCGGCUCUUUGUAACAUGCUGCUGUUGUUUUGACUGAACCGAGGGACAACACAGGAGUGGUUCAAGAUUACAGAUUUAUAGAAAUCUGCUGUAGGCUUGGAUAAGGGUGAGCUGCGCUCGGCUGUUUGGACUAUGGGGUGUAAUUUGGGUAUUACUUGCCUGGUGCUUUUAUCAAAUGUGGCCACCCCUGAUGUUAAGCCAUUAUCUAGGUUAGCGGAGCGGUUUAAAAAUAUAGAUCAAGGUUAUGCGCUUGGAGUGAAGAAGCUUAGGGUGUGUGAGCUUGUCAUUGGAUUUAUCUAUUGUUUUUGCGAAAAAAAACUUACUGAUGCAGUUUAAAAUAGGCACUUUGUCUAGAUAUCCCACUAGAGGGAGGCAUAUUUAACAAUUCAAAUAGAAACACACAUAUGCUCAUUGCUUAUCUUCAUGGGACACGUCUGUUAUCACUGACCCUUUGAGAGCCACACCAAAGUCUCUGUUUCUUCAGAAGCACCCACCAUUGCAUAUAUUCAGAGCACUUGGCCCUCAAAGACCAAGCUUUAUGGUUGGUUAAAUAGUGCGUUCGGUGUUACAUAUUAACUGCUGUCCUGUGCUUUUAUUGGUUCAGUGUAGGCCAGUAUGAAAACAAAGCAGCAGAAACCAAGUACGAGUUUGUAUGGUACCAGCUUAUUCGUUUGCUAGUGUUUUGCAGUGUAUUCUUUCCAGGAAAAUUUAUUUUAAUAUAGAUGUUAUUGUUACUUGCACUAAGCAGUUUUGUAUAUUUAGGGGGAAUCCAAAUAUUCUAGUAUAUUUUGGCAAGCUGUCUAUGUAUUUUAUUAUUCAGAGAGUUACGGCUUAUGUGAUUUAAAGACAUAGGAAGUCCUGUUAUAUUUCCAAAACAAUAUUUUGUGGACACAUAUUUUGUAGUAACACUAAGAAAGUCUUUGUACAGUCUUGUUGUUUUAAACAGAGCAUUAUGUAUUACAGUGUCAAAGAUUGCGCCUCUAUUUUUUCUCUUUGAUGCUCUGAUAAAUAUCUAGAAGUCAAUAAAGAAUUGUCUGUA